AUGAAUCAACUAGAGACGAUCUUCGAAGAGCUGGGCAUCUCUCAAUACCUCGAUGCGUUUAUUGAUCAGGGAUUCGACUCGUGGGAUACCAUUUUAGACAUAACUGAGUCAGAUCUGGAUGCACUUGGUGUCAAACUCGGGCAUCGCAGGAAACUGCAGCGUCGCAUCGCUAAUCAUCGCGGCCUGGCUCCCAUGUUGUCGCUCGUAUCGCCUACACGAAGUAUCGAAGAAGGUGGAUCUCAUGUGCCACCCAACAAACUGACACAGCCGACAGCAGAGAGCAAGGAGGCAACGACAGUGGCGAAGCGCAAAUACAGACGGCACCCAAAGCCCGAUGACAAAGCUCCCGAGCGCCCACCGUCUGCAUAUGUUCUAUUCUCCAAUAAGAUGCGAGAGGACCUCAAGGACCAGAACCUCAGUUUCACCGAGAUUGCCAAGCUCGUGGGUGAGAACUGGCAGAACCUGAAUCGAGCCGAAAAGGCCCCUUACGAGACACAGGCUCAAGAGGCCAAGGAGAAGUACAACCGGGACAUGGCCGCAUACAAGCAAACAGAUGAUUACAAAAACUAUUGUGACUACUUGCAGGAGUUCCGCAACCGGCAAGCUGCUCAAGGUAUUUUG